CGCGCUGUGUCAGCCUCGCUUCCGGUGCUUAGAGUUGGGGCGGUGACCGGGAGCUUCCUCACCCGGCAGGGUCUGCGCAGGUGUACGCCCCCUGAGCUUCCAACCCGCCUCUGGGCUCACCCGGCGGCUGCUGCCCCAGAGGCCAGGAGCCCCCCGAGCGGCUCGACAGCCCCAUCUGGCGGGCGAGGCUCGCUACGGGAACCCGUCCGUUCCCCGUCUGUCUCCUUCCCCAUCCCAAUUCGAUUCCCCCUCCCCCGUUGCCGUGGGGCGGGCCCGGAGCCCACCCCGCCAGCGCCAUGCCCGCGGGGGCGGCGUCGCCGAUUAUCCGCUGCGUGCAAAAGCUGGUGCUGUACGAGACCAGAGCUCGGUAUUUUCUUGUUGGGAGUAAUCAUGCAGAGACCAAGUAUCGUGUUUUGAAAAUUGAUCGCACUGAACCAACAGAUUUAGUUGUAAUUGAUGAUAAGCAUGUGUACACACAACAAGAGGUGAGGGAACUUCUUGGCCGUCUAGAUCUGGGAAAUAGAACAAAGAUUGGACAGAAGGGCUCCUCUGGGUUAUCUCGAGCUGUCUCUGCUUUCGGUGUCGUAGGUUUUGUUAGAUUUUUAGAAGGCUACUACAUUGUGUUAAUAACAAAAAGGAGAAAGAUGGCAGAUAUUGGAGGGCAUGCAAUAUACAAAGUAGAAGAUACAAAUAUGAUCUACAUUCCAAAUGACUCUGUACGAGUCACUCAUCCUGAUGAAGCAAGAUAUCUACGAAUAUUUCAAAAUGUGGACCUGUCUAGCAAUUUUUAUUUUAGCUACAGCUAUGAUCUGUCACACUCCCUUCAAUAUAAUCUUACCAUCCUGAGAAUGCCGCUUGAGAUACUAAAAACUGAAACAACUCAGACUCGACAGGAGAGCUUUGAUAUCUUUGAAGAUGAGGGACUUACAACACACGGUGGAAGUGGUGUAUUUGGGAUUUGCAGUGAACCAUAUAAAAAGUAUGUGUGGAAUGGUCAACUGCUGAACAUAGUAAAAAACACUGUUCAUCAUGACUGGCUGUUGUAUGUUAUUCAUGGAUUUUGUGGGCAGUCCAAACUGUUAAUCUAUGGUCGUCCAGUGUAUGUCACUCUGAUAGCCAGAAGGUCAAGCAAAUUUGCUGGAACACGUUUUCUAAAGAGAGGAGCAAACUCUGAGGGAGAUGUUGCUAAUGAAGUAGAAACUGAACAAAUACUUUGUGAUGCUUCGGUGAUGUCAUUUUCUGCAGGGAGCUAUUCAUCUUACGUUCAAGUUCGAGGCUCAGUCCCUCUAUACUGGUCUCAAGAUAUUUCGACUAUGAUGCCUAAGCCACCAAUUACAUUGGACCAAGCAGAUCCAUUUGCGCACAUAGCUGCACUUCACUUUGAUCAAAUGCUUCAGAGGUUUGGCUCUCCCAUUAUCAUUUUGAAUCUUGUGAAGGAACGUGAAAAAAGAAAGCAUGAAAGGAUUCUGAGUGAAGAACUUGUUGGUGCUGUGACCUAUCUCAAUCAAUUUUUACCCCCAGAACAUGCUAUUUUGUAUAUUCCUUGGGAUAUGGCCAAAUACACAAAAAGCAAACUGUGUAAUGUCCUGGAUAGACUGAAUGUAAUUGCGGAAAGUGUAGUGAAGAAAACAGGAUUCUUUGUAAAUCGUCCUGAUUCCUACUGCAGCAUCUUGCGGCCAGAUGAAAAAUGGAAUGAACUGGGAGGUUUUGUUGUUUCCACUGGUCGCUUACAGACUGGUGUUCUUCGAACCAAUUGUGUUGACUGUUUAGAUCGCACUAACACAGCCCAGUUCAUGGUGGGGAAGUGUGCUUUAGCCUAUCAGUUCUAUUCUUUGGGGUUGAUUGAUAAACCCAAUCUACAGUUUGACACAGAUGCUGUUAGAUUGUUUGAGGAGUUGUAUGAAGAUCAUGGAGACACACUUUCUCUGCAAUAUGGAGGUUCUCAACUUGUUCAUCGAGUAAAAACCUACAGGAAGAUAGCACCAUGGACCCAGCAUUCCAAAGAUAUUAUGCAGACACUCUCAAGAUAUUACAGUAAUGCUUUUUCAGAUGCUGACAGGCAAGACUCAAUUAACGUAUUUUUGGGAGUAUUCCAGCCUGCAGAAGGAAAACCUCAUCUUUGGGAACUUCCUACAGACUUUUACUUGCAUCACAAGAAUACUAUGAGUCUUUCACAGACAAGGAGAAGCUAUACCUACUGGUGGACACGAGGUGUAUUAAAUCAUUUACCACUGCCUUAUGAUGAGGUGACAUGCACUGAAAACAGAAGGAAGUUGGUAGUGAAGAAAUUUCACAAAUAUGAAGAAGAGAUUGAUAUUCAUAAUGAGUUCUUUCGGCCAUAUGAAUUAAGCAGUUUUGAUGACACCUUUUGCUUGGCAAUGACCAAUUCUAUACGAGAUUUCAUGCCCAAGAAUGUUGGAAUUGAUCCAAGUCCAUUUACAGUGCGGAAACCUGAUGAAACUGGAAAAUCAGUGGUGGGGAACAAAAGUAAUAGAGAAGAAACUGUGCUGCAGCGCAAAACAGCUGCUAGUGCCCCUCCUCCCCCAAGUGAGGAAGCAGUAUCAAGUAGUUCUGAGGAUGAUUCUGGGACUGACAAAGAAGAUGAGGGAGCUGUUUCUCAGCGUUCAACUCCAGUAAAGAUGGCAGAUACAGGCGAUAAUAUAAAAAUAGCAGAGAACAUAGUUCAGUCCAUGAAAGAUAUAUAUGGGAUUAACCUCUCAGAUGUUCCUUCAGAGGAUGACCUCACAAUAUAUACAAGGUUUGUUCAGUUGGGGCAGAACCAAUAUAAACAAGACAAGAGCAGCCAGCAGCUUUGUUCAAAACAUCAUCUAGAUGGGGUUAUAAAUAUAAUACACAUCUCCUCUUUUUCCCAGGACAACAUUUAUGAAGUCCAGCCUCCUAAAGUAGAUAAGAAAUCAAUUGAUAUCUUCCAUGCUCACAUCCAGGCUGGCAGAGGCAUCAUGCAGCCACUGGUAAAAGAAGACAUCCUCAUGUACAGAGAGUACAUUAGAAACCGAUAUAUGUGAAAACAGACUGGAUUCAACGGUUUAGCAUUGCUGGAGUGUGGUACAAAUCAAUUGAGAAAGGAAGUCUAAAUUCGGCUAUUUUGUGGUGGUAAAACAAUGGCAAUUAUUUAUCAACCUGUAUCUUUCUGAAUGAUUUCAUUUUUGAGAUAUUGUGUGCUUUGCAAAAAUAAAAAUGUGACUGAAGAUGUAUUCUCUUUGGUAAAAUAAUAGUAUGUCUAAAAUCAGAAAAACUAAAUGCAGCUGCAACUAAAUAUAUAGUAAUUUGAGAUAAGAAAGUAAACAUCAGGUAUUUAAACUUAACAUUAAUUGUUGCAUACAGUAGUUUCAAGAAAAGAACUUAACUACCACAUUUAGCUUUUGACAGAGAAAAGCUGUUUUCAGUCGAAAGUUCUGUCAUUUGUUGAAAUUGUUUGUUUAGCAAAAUAUGUUUAUAUGUGUUUGUAGCAAAGAUGGAAAAGGUGUCAAUUUGGCCCGUGUAUGAAACUCAAAAGUUAAAUCUAAAGUAACAAACUUCAUAGUCAUAAUCCACCUCCAAUGUAGUUCUGUUGCAGAUAGCAAUAGUGGAAGCUGUAGAGACCAGACAAAGGUGUUGUAAUGACCUAAUCAGUGUGGAUUUCUGUCAGGUUCCUUUGAAGGAUAGUGACAUUAUAAUUAUUGUGACUUGGUAAACAACUUUGAGAAAUGAAUGCGCACUCUACUUAGAGAGACCAGUUUCAGACCAUAAAAUAGUAGCUUCAGUCAAGAUGGGCUCUGCCUGAUAUACUGAGAGAUUCUUGGUCAACUGGAUAUACCAAGAAUUUUCCCAUCUCUGGACUAGUAAAAAGUCAGCAAAUUAAUAACUUAUCUCUAGAAAAUACAUCUGCUAAGAGUGCUUUGCACUCUUUUGUCCAACAUAAACAAUAUUUUACAAGCAAUCAAAUACCCACUGUGAAAAAAACUAGGAUGAAAUCCUGGCCUCACUGAAGACAAUGCAAGCUUUGUUGUUGACUUUAGUGGUGCCGGGAUUUCCAUUCUAGUGUUUUGUGUUACAAAGUGCAAGAAUAAAUAGACUUCAAGGAAUACAUAUACCAUCUAAGGUUAUGCCUCUCUAUUCUGUACACAUGUAUUCAGAUUUUAAUUGAUUAAGAUCACAUUUCCAUUUUAAUGAGAGUAACGUCUGUUAAUACAGUGAAAAUAGAUAAUUACAGCUGCAAUUUACGUCUUUCUGCACAGGAAAUUUGCUGUUUUGUAAUGCAUUGAUUUUGUUAAAUAGACAAAUAUUUUGUUUAAGAAGGUACUGUAACAGAGUGGUUUGCCCCUGGGGGGGGGGGGGGGAGGCUGGGACUAGCCAACCCUGAUUAUAGAAUGAGGCACAUCUGGAUAGGAUCAGGUGAUUUCCUAUAAAAAGCGGCAGGUGGCUCCCAUUAAGGGAGAAGCUCAGAAAAUUGUAGCAGAGUCUGCAGAGAAUAUGAAAAGGCUCCUGUAGGGAAGACCCUGAGACUAGGAGAGUUGUCCCAGGCAGGGAGGCCUGAGAGAGACCCUGACCAAGCAGGAGGAGGGAGGCUGCAAAGGACUGGAAGGAGGAAGAGUCCACUGGAUUGUGUGCACUUAUGAAUGGACUUUGGGGUUUUUUGAGGUUUAAUUUCAGUUUAUUUUAUAUUAACAAACCCAAUCCCCAAGAAGACGUAUUUUUUACCUUGAAAAAGCCUGAAGUGAAGUUUAUUUCAACAGUCCAUGAGAGAAAACUAAGAUAAGCUGCCCAUAGGCCACAAGGGGGCACUUGGAAGAAGCCAGCUGGUAACAGGUACAAUACAUCUUUAUUUAAUUGCUGUUAAAUUCUAUUUGAAUUUUCCCCCAUAUAGUUUCUGCCAUUUAUCCACAAAUUAGGCAGUAGAGCUAAACAAACUGUUCCACUUCCUUGUUCAGCAGCAGCAAUCUUUGCAACAUGUAGGUAUUUUAAUAAUAAUUUUUAGAAGUUUGAGGGAAAAAAAAGAGCACUCUCAAACUUUAACUAUCCAGUAUCGAACUGUUUUGCAGGAAGAGGGUUGUAGAGUUUGGUUUUUUCUUAUUUGUAGAUUGGAAAUCCCCUUGUUAAUGUCCCAUUACAUGUUUUGUGGCAUGGUAAUUUUGUACUGCUGUUGUGUCCUCUUCCAUUUUUUACUGUGUUUAUACUCUUCUUGUUUCUCUCUUGAUUUGGAAUGGAUAUAAAAGACAAGCAAAUACU